UGUUAGUGUGUGUGAGUGCGUUGGUUGAAGAAGCGAAAUAAUUUGGAAACGAGAAAGAAAAGUGUUUUUUGUUUAUGAAAAGUAAUACAUAGGUAGAAUUAAACUUAUAAUAAUAGUUAAUCACACUGUUGUUGACGAUGGAGGUAUCAAGUGAGCUAAAAGAUGAUAUUCGCAAAACUCAAAAUGAGCUUAAAAACGCGAUUCGAGUUCAUCAGAUGUGGGUUGCGCGUCUGCAUGAAGAUGAAAACAAUAUCAAUUUAAAAUCAAAAGUGAGGGAAGCAGAAAAGGAUAUCAUUUCCAUUGGGCAGAACCAGAAAAGAGUUGUUGACAGACUGAGGAGGGAGCUUGAACUAUACCAGCAUCGACUCAAAGCCAGAAACAAACAAGUCAAUGUGGAAAUAGAUGCCCGCUACAUAGCACAGCAGCUAAGAGAGCACCAGAUGCAAUAUCGGACCAAAAAUAGACCUAUAUCAUUGUUAAAGCCCUCAGUGUUGAAUGAAAUUCACAUAAAAACUGAAAAUACCAAUGGUAGUGCAAGGCCUAAUGAUAUAUCAGAUUCAGAAAAUGAGGGAAAGUCCAUGCAUGAGAAAGAAAACUCCAAUCAUAGUGAGAUAGAGGAUAAGGAGAGAUAUCCUAAGAGUUACCAUCAGAAUGCUGUGCAUGAUAGUCGGAACAAUUUUGCUCAUGCACUGAACAAAGUGAAGGAGUCAUUCAUAGGAGUAAAGCUUCAAGAGAAUGAGUGGCAGACCCGCCUCGGCACAGACUCGGACUCGACUCCUCCUGACAAUAAUGACGACAUGUCUCCGUCCCCAUCCCCACCCCCGCUGCCUCGGCAAGGGGAGCAUGUCUCGCAGGAAGUAUUCCUGAGGUUCAUAGGACUAGUGACUCCGCAGCAGAAAGAAAUAUUAGAGAAGAAGAGGAACGAGCGACGGAAAAGAUCAACUACUAGCACUAAUAAGAAUGACUUUUUAUAUGGAAACUUAGAAAAUAGUGGAAAACGCAAGAAAUAUAACCAGUUCCCGUACUUACAAAGUCACAGUGAUCCUCCACAAACUCGCUCCGCCAAGUUAAGAAAACAACAGAAACAAAGCGAGAACUCCCGCGAAGGCUCCCCAUCAGGCUCGUCGACCGAGGCGCGGGGCUGGCCCAACAAGCCGGCGUGGGCGGCUUCGCUCCCGCCCGGUCUGUCCGUCGAGCCCGUGUUCUCGCCGGGCAAGAAGGCCUGCCACGGGUGUGGGAGGAAUGACGUCCCCUCGCUGCUAGUCCGGUGCAGUUGCGGCGUGUACCUGCACACGGGCUGCGGCGCCGACGGCCACUGCACCAACUGCCAGGCGAGCCUGCCCGACCCGUCGCACUGCGCCGCUUCACCGCAACACGACGCGCAGCUGUUUAGAGCCGACCGUUUUCCAGACAAGCUAGCCGAACGGAAACGCCUGCAAGAGAAGAAUAUCCAGCUAUGCGUCGAACUACGCAAACUCGAGGCGCGCGCUGCGACCCUGAAAGAAAACCUGGAUGACCAUCACAUGGAGAAGAGACAACUGCUCUCCGACCAGAUCAAGACUCAGAGGAACUUGCAGAAGCUUCUAGACUUCAUCAGUCAGUUUAAGGAGACGUCCGUCAGUAUACAGUCGACGUCCAUCAGUGAUACUGGAAGCGAGAUCAGCAAAAGCAAUGAGGAUUGAAGUGGUAGGCAGCUUUUGUCAAGUACCUUUGGAGUCCUGUGCCGUUGAAGAGUCCAGUAGUAGACUGUAGUCCAAUGUAUGUAGUUAUCGAAUUUUAUACUUACCACUUAGCUAAGUUACCUAAUAUAAAAUGUUUUUAACAUAGCCCAAAAUAACCGAAAGUUGCUCCUAUGCGCCAUAACACACAUUUUCUAUUAUAGGUAUAUUUUUUACCAAGUGUUUGGCGUGAAGGGAGGAAUAAAGUACUGAUAUUAAGUUCUUAGUUAAAAGAAUGAUGAGGCUCCAUAUCCGAUCCUGGAUUUCAGGAGCUAGAACAAUUUACGCUGAGGCUUGUAGUGCAUAUAAGAAAAGCUCUGACAUCAUUUUCAAUUACGCAGGCAGACUGCUUUUAAGUAUCAGCUGAAAGACCUAUGAAUUAAUAAUAUGCGUGUAUGAAUUUGAUGGCGCAUUGUCAUCAGAAAUGGAUUUGAUAAAGCAUUUAAAUCACUACAUUUUCUAAUCGGGAUAUCCUUGAAUGGGAGACAGACUGGAAGUCGUUCAAAGGUUUUUACACAUUAGUAAUGCAACUGACAGGCAGUGCUAUAAGCUAUAAGUUUUUGUCUUAUUAAUGCAGGGAUAGCUUUUUAAAGUACCCUUCGUCCUCUUAGAAAAGCAUGCCAGAGCAGUUCUUAUAAUAAUAGCACUACAUAUUACCUAAAUCUAAUCAUAAUACACAGCUUAGUAAAAAAAAUAUAUAAGCGAAAUAAUAAAUUAGAUCAAAUUGAAAAUGUGAGUUUAAUCACAUCCGAAAUGAUUGAAUUAUUUUAGUUUUUUAAAGCAAUUAAUGGAUUAAGUAACUACUUUUACGUUUUUUUUUCGAAUAGGAAUCACAAUUUUUAUUUUGGGUCUUUAUCUUCACAUAUUUUUUUUACUGUCGUUUAAGUUUAGUGUCUACAUUGUAAUCAAUUUCUUUCUGUUCCAUAAUACAUAAUUAUAAUUUAUAUUUUAUCAUAAAUUAUCAUUAACAUUAUUAAUACUUAAAUUAGAUUAGGAUGCACGUAUGUAUGUUUGAAUAAGUUACUAAAAUCAAAUUUAGAAAUCAAUUUAAUUGCCAAAAGAAGUGUUCAGUAUUGAUUCCUAAUAAAUGUAGAAGGUACUUACGUCUUGUCAUAAUUUUAAGUAAUUUUAAGGUUUUCCUAUACCUAAGUGUUUGCUAAGUUUCUAAAUCGUAGCUCGAAUCGUAAAUGUUAAUUUUUAAUUCUUCUCUGUGAUAUGAUUAAGUUGAUCUUUUUCGAAGUAACAUAAGCAUCGUCGUAGCAUAAAAUUUAACCAGGGUUGUUAAUAAAUAGCCAUGAUUUGUAUACAAAACA